CUGAGUUGAUUCUCUCAUCUCUCUCUCUCUCUCUCUGUCAAACUUUUUCUUUUUUUCGGUUUUUCAUUCUCUUUCCUAUUCUGCGUUUAUUGUUUGAUUCGGAUUGGGGUUACAAUCCCUUCCAUUCCUCUUCCUCCAUCUAUCAUUUUCAAUAAAAGCAUUAUUCGAUUUCGUAUUUGCAUCGCCUUCUUCCCCCUCUCAUCUUCUUCUUUCUCAAAUCUCAUCUGCUCACUCACUCACCUUUUCUUUAUUUCAGCAUUCUCUCUCUCCCCUCUCUGGUUUUGAUCUGCGCGUCCCCAAAAAGGGCAAGCUAGAAAUGAAGAAGUUUGUUCUGAAGCUGGAAUUGGAUGAUGACAAAGCGAAGCAGAAGGCAUUGAAGAAGGUUUCUACUCUUUCAGGGAUUGAUUCCAUCGCCAUGGACAUGAAGGAAAAGAAAUUAACAGUGAUCGGAACUGUUGAUCCUGUAAGUGUGGUCAGCAAACUGAGAAAGCAUUGGCAAACUGAUAUAGUCUCAGUGGGGCCAGCCAAGGAACCUGAGAAGGAAGAAGAGCCUAAGAAGGAGGAACCCAAGAAAGAAGAGGAGGCUAAGAAGGAGGAACCCAAGAAAGAAGAGGAAGCGAAGAAAGAGGAACCCAAUAAGGAAGAAACAAAGGAGGAGGAACCCAAGAAAGGGGAAGAGAAGGAAGAAGAGAAAAGCAAAGAGGCAGCAGCUGCUCCUCCACCUGACCCAGUUUUAGAGCUGGUGAAGGCCUACAAAGCUUAUAAUCCUCAGCUCACUACUUAUUACUAUGUUCAAAGCAUCGAGGAGAAUCCAAAUGCUUGUGUCAUUUGUUAAGUUGGAUGCAUGGCUGUAUAAAUUUUAAGAUAAAAUAGGUUUCCUUUUCUUAAUCUCAUAAGUUGUUGUGUGUGUUUAUUAAGAGUUAAACACCUAAUUAAUUAGAAGAGUUGGAGGUAUAACAGCCUGUAUAUAAAUACUGAUGCCUCAUCCUCUUUUCAGAACAAAUAAAUGAAAUUUUGGAGCGCGUUUUCUUGCA